AAUAGUCUGGCGGAGUGUUACAGUUUCAAGCAAAAUAGUUUAUUUUGCACUAAUACGUGCUAGUAAUCUUCGUAGGGUAAUCCAUGUUUGUAAAAACAUGUGAAAUAAUAUUACGCAAACGUUUAAUUCCGUAACAGGCUCUUAAAAUGCCGGUUUGGCGUGGAACUAAUUUUUUUAUCGCGGAAGCACCUUUCACGUAGUCGUUCUCCGACGCCCACCGGCCCACCUCCCUUGCUCUGCUCGGCUGGGGGUUUGUAGGCUCGGUGCUCCAGUAAACAAUUAGCAGUGCUCGAAGAACUCUAUUGCGGCCCUCUCUAACGCCAUGGACGAAGACUACGAUGCCAUCGUGCUAGGCACCGGCCUCAAGGAGUGCAUCCUGAGUGGCAUGCUGUCCGUGAGUGGGAAGAAGGUGCUGCACAUGGACCGCAACAAGUAUUACGGCGGGGAGAGCGCCUCCAUCACGCCGCUGGAGGACCUCUUUAGCAAGUUCAACAUGCCGGCCUUCCAGCAGGCGGACGAGUAUGGUCGCUCGAGGGACUGGAACGUGGACCUCAUCCCCAAGUUCCUCAUGGCCAACGGCCAGCUGGUGAAGCUUCUGAUCCACACCGGGGUGACACGCUACCUCGAGUUCAAGUCUGUGGAAGGCAGCUACGUGUACAAAUCGGGCGGCAAGAUCUACAAGGUGCCCGCCGACGAAAAGGAAGCCCUCCAGUCCAGUCUGAUGGGAAUCUUCGAGAAGCGCCGCUUCCGCAACUUCUUGGUGUUUGUGCAAGAUUACAACGUGGACGAUCCCAAGACGUGGAAGGAUGUGGACAGCAACGUGACGACGGGGGCCCAGCUCUACGAGAAGUUUGGCCUGGACAAGGACACGGCGGACUUUACGGGGCAUGCCCUGGCGCUAUACCGGGACGACGAGUAUCUUUCCCAACCGUGUGGUGACUUGAUCAAGCGGAUCAGGCUGUACAGUGAUUCCUUGGCGCGGUACGGCAAGUCGCCCUACCUCUACCCUCUGUAUGGCCUCGGCGAACUUCCCCAGGGAUUUGCCAGGCUGAGCGCCAUCUACGGAGGCACCUACAUGCUGGACAAGGCGAUAGACGAGCUGGUGAUGGAGGACGGCCGGGUGGUCGGGGUCCGUUCUGGCAGCGAGGUGGCCCGCUGCAAACAGGUUUACUGCGACCCCUCCUACGUGCCCGACAGGGUCAAGAAGGUCGGCCGAGUGGUGAGGUGCAUCUGCCUACUGAACCACCCCAUCCCCAACACGAGGGACGCCCUCUCCUGCCAGAUCAUCAUCCCUCAGAAGCAGCUGGGACGAAAGUCCGACAUCUAUGUGUCGAUGGUGUCGUACACCCACCAAGUGGCGGCCAAGGGCUGGUUCAUCGCCAUGGUGAGCACCACCGUGGAGACGGAGAACCCCGAGGUGGAGAUCAAGCCGGGACUGGACCUCCUCGCACCCAUCUCCCAAAAAUUCCUCACCGUGAGCGACGUCUUCAAGCCUACCGACUACGGUGAACAAAGUCAGGUGUUCAUCUCAGAGUCGUACGACGCCACGACCCACUUCGAGACCACCUGCCUGGACGUGCUGGACAUCUUCCGCCGCGGGACGGGCGAGGACUUUGACUUUUCCAAGGUCAAGCACGACUUGGGCGAAGAACAGGAGUAGGGGGUUCCCGUCACCGCGGGGAAGACGCCCUCCUGCCGCCUCCUUGGGUUUUGUUCCUUUCCGUUCUCCCCGCCCCGGCCUUUCUCUUGCUCCCUUGAGCCCUCCCCCACCCACCCACGUUGCCGGCUACUUCGUUCCCGCCUUUAUUGGGAGGUCUAUUUCCUCCAAACAAAAGCUUAAACGUCUCUUCGGAGCUGCCACGCCGUCCGACUACUGGCUGCUGGUUCUUCCAGCCCGAACCAGUAGCGACGCGACAGGUGAAGACUCGGUGACUCGUGUGGCGUUUCGGGAGAGAGAUUCUUGCCUCUUUCACUCUAAUCUAUUUUGGCGAACGGCCCUUCAAGGAGGUAUUUCGUUGGGUGGGGGGAUGGGGGAGGGGCGUUUGCACUUCAUACCAAAGUGCGGGGAAGGAGAGGUGGGGAGGCACUCUCUUCGAAGAAAACAAGAAACUUCAACCAUGACUGCCGGUACCUUUUCCCAUUUUUUUUUCUCCCGUCUACGUCCCGCCGGCUGAGUUUUCUUUCUGCAUGAUGUUGACAGAUGGAGAAGAGUGUGCGCGCUUGUUUUUUUGCUGUUGACAAAGUGCGUCCGACCCGAAAGUGCAAGUCGAGGAGCUCGUGCCGUAGUCCGCCUCUUUUCUCCGUUCUUUCGCGUUCUCGUAGAGACGAGCUUGCAAAGUGCUGCCGCAGUUACCCACACAGUCCGAUUGAAUUUGUUUUCGUUGGUUUUUUUGUCGUGCCCUCGUUUUAAAAGAUUGCUAUGGCCACUGACAGUGUGAACGGUGAGGUACGUCCUUCGAAACUCCAGCACAAGCUCCGUGCCUUCCACCAUGCUUCGUCUGCGCCGCGCACGCUCAAGAGUGCACAAGACGCCCAAACGUUGUGGCAGGUGGGAAGCUAGUGCUGGAGGCGGGUGACCUGAAGCACCUUCCUGCCCUUCUCAACUUGUCAGCGACCAGAGUUGUUCAUUGUAAUCACUUGUUCCUUUUUUUUUAUUGCCUUUUGAUUGUAGUUCCUAUGUUGGGGUGAGUCGUGCGGGGUGGGGUGGAAAAUCAAUCGAAGACAUUCCGUAGGGAGACAAACGCAACACCUCGGAGGGCGGCAUUUUCUCGGUACAGCCUGUGGGGCGGGGGUGGCUUGGGAAGCUGCACGGAGGUGGAAUGUGGGCCCCCCUUUGCAAAGUAUUUCUGACCCUUGUGGAGGUGGUAGUGACGAAUUGUGGAACGUUUCAAAACGACCUGCCCCGUUCUCCUUUUUUCCUCCAUGUAAAGUUUAUGUAGGUUUAUUUCGUAUGGGCUAUGUGAACGAGGAUUAAAAAUGUGGAAGAACAAUUUCUUGGCGCAAAUAAAGUAUGAAUGUCAAUCGA